UAUCGGCCUGGGUCUCGGAGGGGGAAAUUCGAAUGAGGGAUCACAAACAGCCCAGAUGGGGCUGCAGACGGCGGCACCUCGGAUUGUAAAUGGUUAUACGCCAUUCAGUUCCACCUAAGAUCAACUUCUGCGCAAGUCUGACAUGGCGACUAAACAACUGGCAAAACAGCUUGGCUUAAUAAGGAGAAGCUCUAAAACGUCUCUGUCUUCAAACAAUAUCUCACAUCCCAAAGCUAGACAAUUUUUUGAAUACCUAAUCAUCAUAGACUUUGAGUCAACUUGUUGGAAAGAUGGCAAGCAUUCUACUCAAGAAAUCAUUGAAUUUCCAGCCGUUCUGUUAAAUGUGGCAAAUGGGGAGAUUGAGUCUGAAUUCCACACAUAUGUGCAGCCCCAGGAACACCCAAUACUGUCAGAGUUUUGUACAGAACUCACCGGUAUAAAACAGUUACAAGUUGACAAUGGGGUUCCAUUGAAGAUCUGUUUGUCCCAAUUUAACAGUUGGAUUCAGAAGCUCCAAAAAGAAAAGGGUAUUGCUUUUGUUACUGCUGUACCAACUCAUUCAGCAGCAGAACACAAGAUGUGUGCCUUUGUCACAUGGUCAGAUUGGGAUUUGGGAGUCUGUUUGUUGUAUGAAUGUAGGCGGAAACAAAUGAAAAAACCUGACAUCUUGAAUUCAUGGAUUGAUCUAAGAGCAACGUACAAGCUUUUUUACAACCGCAGACCAAAAGGACUUAAUGGCGCUUUGCAGGAUUUGGGAAUUGAAUUCUCUGGAAGGGAGCAUUCUGGUUUGGAUGAUUCCCGCAAUACUGCAAAGCUGGCUUGGAGAAUGAUCCGUGAUGGAUGUGUGAUGAAAAUAACCAAAUCUUUAGAUAAGGUGAACCAUAAGAUUUCCUAUACAAGACCUGCGCAAGUGCUGCCAGCUCAGGAUGCCAAUUCUGUACAAGUGGGUAACAUCCAGACAUCUAAGAAGGAUUCAGAGAACAAUCCCCAGCAAUCUGGUAAAAAUGACACUUGUGGCAAUGCUGUGAACCUACAGAAGGAUCUAGAGCCUAGUUCUUUAAAAAUAAACAAUAAACCUGUUGUCGGUGGAGACAAAACUGUUACAAUGUUAACUGGACACCAAGGUCAAAAAAUAUUACCAUCUCAGACUUUAAUAAAUGGAUUAUCUACAACUCUUGGUAAUGGUCCCAAACGUUGCUUCACCAACAGAACUUCACUCGGCUCUCUGCAAACUGGGGCACCGCUUGGAGCUUUUACUUCUACACCAGCCGAGCACUCUCUGGUUUCAGGACAUGUUCUUAUGUCAACCACUGUUACCUCAGUUACUGACAUCUCUGCUUUGGAAAUAAGCUCUACAUCCGAGUGCUUAUCCAUGCUGGCUGAUUGGGAAGAUGCUGCUGUUAUAGAAGACUCUCAGGAAGAGCCAAGUGUCACAACAAAUGAACAAUCAGAUAUGUUAAUGGCAGAAUCAUCAGGUCACAUAACGUUGCCUGAAACAAAUACGGGAAACUGCAACAGAAUAGGGAAUGAUAAAUAUGGGCAUUUUCGACCACAAAUUUCUCAUUCACACUCUGUAGCAUAUCAAAGCCCUAAUACGACAAUUUAUAAUGUUAAUGUAAAGCAAACUGUGUCUAGUAGUUCUGCAUUUAAAAUACCUUGUGUGUUGGCAAGCAGAUCCACUGAAAUGAUGUCAGGCUCUGCACAGCUACACAACAUGCCUCUACCUUUGCCUUCAUUUCCAAAGAGGAAACUUUCAAGUGUAAGCUUUUACUCACCCCCCAAAAAACAGCCUUUUAUUAUACACGAAGAUAAGUGCUCUUCUAAUAACCGUUCUCUGCCCAUUAUCUCUAGCCGCCCUCACAAUGUGCCUCCUACCAUUUUAAAUGCUACAGUGAAUAACACCUUCAAAGCUGCCCGGUCUGGAAAAAUCACUGCCCCUAUGUGUAACUGUGGUCGGAGGGCAAAGAGGCUUACGGUUUCUAAUACAGGCCCUAACCAGGGCAAAGCUUUCUACACCUGCUCUGUAAAGAAAAGAAAUGAGGAAAACAAAAAAGGCUGUGACUAUUUCAAGUGGGAACAUACAGUUGUCAAGGAGAAGUCUGCUCAAUCCACAAUCGUGCUGUCUAAAAGCGGAAUUUCAUUUACCUCCAACAACAGCUUUACGCCAGCAAACUCUGCCUCUCGCAGGUCGUUUGUUUGCUUAAGACCCUCAAUGAGAACAUGAUUUUUAAACAAAUUCUUUAGCACAGAAAAGGGAACAUAAAUGUAAUGUCUUUUUUUAAAAUCAUUUUUAUUAGACACUUGCUUUUGAGCUCAGAUAUCAGAGCUUUUUAAUGAAUUGUAAAUAUACUGUAUAUUUUCAAUCAUAUGCUCUGACAGUAUGCUAAUGGAUUUAUUUUAAAGUCAGUGCCUACUCAUGAAGGUAACAGAUAUUUGUGAUGAUUUUUAUACAUUUUUUAUAUUUAAUAGACUAUGAAAUAAUGACUUAUUUUUUCAUGAAAAAAUAUUUAAUAAACUUUUUAAAAUCUA